AGUGUUAGCACUGCGUUAGACCGGCUAACUGUCUUCACUAACGGCUUACAAAAAGUAAUUGUGAAAUAAAAGGUUACUUUUAAAUAGAAAUCAUAUUUGUUAUUAUUACAUUGCAAAUGUAAGUAAGUAAAAACACGAUGAGUAUGAUGAGUGUAAUACGAGUAUUGUUGAUCACGAGCAUAUUGAGUUUUGGAUGUGAUGCUUAUAAUGUACUAUUUUUAUCACCAAUGCCAAGUGGUAGCCAUGGGAUUCUUGGAGAUGCGUUCGUGAAACUUUUGUCCAACGCUGGUCACGAGGUUACCUACAUAACGGCAACGUCUAAGAUAACUUCAUAUCCGAAUGUUACCAUAGUUGAUGUUAGCUCAAAUAUAAAUCUCUUUCCAGAGAACUUCCUAAAUAUCAAAGCUAUAAUGGAAAAAGAUUCGGACAUGAAUGAGAAUGACUUCUUCUUCCCAAUUAUGGACAAGGUGAGCUUAGUGACGAUUAAAAACAAGAAAGUUCAGAAAAUUCUUACGGACGAUUCGCAGCAAUUCGAUGUCGUCGUUGCCGAGUGGAUGUAUAACGAACUUUAUGCUGGGUUUUCAACAGUAUUUAAUUGCCCAUUGAUUUGGUUCUCCACUCUGGAGCCCCAUUGGUUGAUUUUAAGGAUAAUGGAUGAGGCUCUAAGCCCAGCAUACAAUCCAGACAGCAUGUCUACCAAUAUGAUUCCUUAUACGUUUUUUCAACGCUUGCAAGAGCUAUGGUUACAGAUGUCACGCAGUUUCUACCGUGAACUUUGGAAAUACAAUGAAGUGACUAAGGUUUUUAAUGAAAUGUAUGCACCUGUACUGUCUCGAAAGGGAAGAGCCGUUCCAUCAUACGAGGAUGUAAGAUACAACGGUUCUCUUAUGUUGGGCAAUUCUUACGUCGCGCUGGGACAGGCUACCAGACUUCCACAAAGCUACAAACCUGUUGCAGGUUUUCACAUCGAUAAAAAUGUGCAGCCAUUACCAAAGAAUCUAAAAGUUAUCAUGGAUCAUGCAAAGCAUGGUGUGAUAUAUUUUAGCAUGGGAUCAAACUUACAAAGUUCGCAAUGGCCAAACGAGAUCAAAGCGGGUUUGCUAAGAAUGUUCGGUGAAUUGAAGCAAACUGUGUUAUGGAAGUUUGAGGAAUCGCUAGCGAAAGUACCAAGUAAUGUGCAUCUACUUAAAUGGGCUCCACAGCAGAGCAUUUUAGCCCAUCCCAAAUGUGUUCUCUUCAUCACACAUUCUGGUUUGUUAUCGACAACUGAGGCGGUUCAUUUUGGUGUACCUAUCAUAGGAAUUCCAGUUUUCGCUGAUCAAUUUGUCAAUAUACUUCGGGCAGUCAACAAAGGAUUUGCAAAAAAAGUAGACCUGUCAUAUGAAAUUGUAGAUGAAUUAAAAACUGCAAUCGAAGAUAUUCUUAUCGAUCCACGAUAUCACGAUAAAGCAAAAGAAUUGUCUUUUGUCUACCACGAUCGACCGGUGACUCCCCAAAAAGAAAUCGUGCACUGGGUGGAACACGUGAUCCGUACAAAUGGAGCAGGUCAUUUGCGCUCUCCAGCACUAUUCGUCCCUUGGUACCAGAAGAUGUAUCUUGAUUUAAUAUCAAUUAUUGUUUUUAUCAUAAUUAUGUCAGUGAUUUUCGUUAAAUAUUCGCUUCAAACAUGUAAACAUGUAUAUUAUAAGG